ACCAGUCAGCAUAAAGACUACACUACACGCGCUAAACAUCCGCCCUUCUAAAACGACCGCCUCCAACUCGGAAACCGGUUUCAUUUUCUGCCAUACCGCCUUUAAAGGAGGUGCCCAUCUGCAAUUAUAGGCAGUGAGAUACGGUUAGAGUCGUCUCAAGGUCAUCCUCUUCAGCAGUCAUGCCACGCAUUGAAAAUGAUAUCAAGCUCGACUUCAAGGACGUGCUGCUUCGACCUAAAAGAAGCACUCUCAAAUCUCGCAGUGAGGUGGAUCUCAUGCGCAGUUUUACAUUCAGAAAUUCAAAGGGAAGUUACCGUGGCAUUCCCAUUAUAGCCGCCAACAUGGACACCGUGGGGACUUUUGAAAUGGCCUCAGUCUUACAUCAGUUUACUCUCUUUACGGCCAUCCAUAAGCAUUAUUGUGUGGAUGACUGGAAGGAGUUUGCAUCCAAACACCCAGAAUGCUUACAGAGUGUAGCGGUCAGCUCGGGGACCAGUGAUGGGGACUUUGAGAAACUGGGGGCCAUUCUGUCCGCUGUACCUCAGAUUCAGUACAUAUGUGUGGACGUGGCCAAUGGCUACUCUGAACACUUUGUCAACUUCGUGAAAGACGUGAGGCAGAAGUUCCCUUCACACACGAUCAUGGCUGGUAAUGUGGUCACAGGAGAGAUGGUCGAAGAGCUGAUUCUUGCUGGUGCUGACAUCAUAAAAGUGGGCAUUGGACCAGGAUCUGUGUGCACCACUCGUAAGAAGACCGGUGUGGGUUAUCCUCAGCUGAGCGCAGUCAUCGAGUGUGCUGAUGCUGCACACGGCCUGGGUGGACACAUUAUAUCUGAUGGGGGAUGCACCUGCCCAGGCGACGUCUCCAAAGCAUUUGGAGCUGGAGCUGACUUUGUGAUGCUGGGAGGAAUGCUUGCGGGUCAUUCUGAGAGUGCGGGUGAAAUCAUAGAGAAAAACGGCAAGAAGUACAAACUGUUCUACGGCAUGAGCUCAGACACGGCCAUGAAGAAGCACGCAGGAGGUGUAGCAGAGUACAGGGCGUCGGAGGGUAAAACGGUUGAAGUGCCUUUCAGAGGGCCUGUGGAGGGGACGGUGAGAGAUGUCCUGGGUGGAGUUCGUUCCACCUGCACAUACGUGGGUGCUGCUAAGCUUAAAGAGUUGAGUCGUCGUACCACCUUCAUUAGGGUGACCCAACAGCUCAACACAGUAUUUGGUAAUGACAAUUAAGCCAGUUUAACCAGGUCCAUAUUAGGCCAAAUUAUUGCCAAAUCCGUGCAGCGGUCAUUUUAUUCUCUCUGCAGUCAGAUGCACACAUGCAUAUUCACUCACAAACACACAUAUACCUCACAUCAUCAUUUAGUGUUAUAACGAGUAUUUAUGGGCUCGCACAAAAGCUUUUGAAAUCAAAGGCUUUCCCCAGAUGCUGUAUUAAGGCCUAAAGCAACUGCAUGAAUUUCAAAUUAUUAUUUAUCACUAUUUGAAAACUUCUAAUUUCGGAACUAACUGUUGAGUUUUUAAAGACACUGUAAUACCAACUUCUUACAUUUUAGUCUUAUACUAUAUUGUAGUAACAGAUGAGAACAUACAUUUAAUUUAACUUAUUACAUUGUACUGAUAGUAUGUUUAUGCAGUUGAUGUUUUAGUUCAUAAGCUUAAAAUCUUGAGUUUGUUUUCUGUUCAUUUGUCUAAACAACCUCUGUUAGAGCCAUAUAUUUUAUCCAGAAAAUGCGGGUACAAUUUUAGACUUUGUUGUAGAUUUUAUCUCAACGUCUAUGCCUAAUGUCUUAUAUUUAUAUGAGAUUUUCUGAUAACAUUAUGAUUUCUCAUUCUGUUUUAUGGACCAACGCAGAUCCUUGAAAGGAUUAUUAAAAUAUUACUGUUAUACAAUAUGCUUAAGACCUCCAUUAUGAUUAUGAACAACCAUUAUAUUAUAAAGAAUAUAUUUGAAGACCAUGAUGAAAGGGUAUUUUGUUAACCCUUUUAAUGGAUUCUCCUGUGAUUGUAUGUACCGAAAGCGGUCAUAUUACACAAUCUUUUCACAUCAGUUACUAUAAAAGUAUAUGCAUGGUUUUAUGCAUUUUCUACUUGACUCUUAAUUAACCUUAAUACUUUUGACAUUCCAUCGCUGUUUGUGCUCUUAUUGAUUGUAAUUUAAAGUUGCUGCUGGGGUCGAUAUGAAUGAGUGUUGAAGAAAUAAAAUUUUCCCCACGGAAAA